GAGGCACAGUUGAAUAACGGCGAGGACAGGGAGGACGGCCGGCGGUACCGAGGGUCACAGGGAUGUACAGUAAACACAGGCAGAAAAAUGCCCAAAUCUCACCGGCAAAAUGUGGACGUUUACUCGUUUUUCUUUCUUUUCUGCUGCUGAACGGCACACUGGAAAGAGCCCGCGGAGACACUGGAGAACAAGAGCUGCGCAGGGGAAGGACAGUGACGGCGCAGUGGCUUUCUCAAGGCCGAACCAAGAGGGAUGCUGAGACUGCGACACAGGAAGAAUACCCAGUCAGAGGGGAAAUCGUGCUCUCAUCCAAUGACCUCCAACUUGUGCUACAAUUAGAACGUAAUCACGAGCUUUUGGGUCCAGACUUUACAGAGACCUAUUACACAGAAGAUGGGCAGCCGGUGACUGUGACCAAUCACAAUUACACUGAUCACUGCUUCUACCACGGCCAUGUAAGAGGACAUCCAGAUUCCUGGGUCGCUCUCAGCACAUGCUCAGGAGUCAGGGGCCUGAUAUCCUUGAAUUCUAGUGACACCUACUACCUGGAGCCAAUCAGCGGUGUGGAUCCAAUGCACCACUCACUGUUGAGUGCUAAGGAACUGCCAGUUGAAGGUGGAAACUGUGGCCACGGCCAUCACACCACACAAUUCAACCAUAUCUCCAACCUGCUCAGACCAUUUCAUUCACGGGUCAAAAGAAACACCUGGGGUACCACAAAGUACAUGGAACUGUACAUUGUGGCAGACAACACACUGUUUAAACGGCAGAAUAAAGACUAUGAAAAGACCAAGGCAAGGAUAAUGGAAAUUGCCAAUUACGUGGAUAAGUUCUAUAGGGCACUGAACAUCCGUGUGCCUCUAAUUGGUCUGGAAGUUUGGACCGACAGAGAUCAGUGUAUCAUCACCGAGGAGCCAAACGCCACUCUCUGGUCCUUCCUCCAGUGGAGACAAAAGCUGAAAUCUCGCAAGAAACACGACAACGCCCAGCUGCUCACGGGUGUGAUUUUCAAGGGGACAACUAUUGGGAUGGCACCGCUGGAGGGGAUGUGCAGCCUGGAAAACUCUGGAGGCAUCAAUGUGGACCACUCGGAGCUGUCCAUCGGCGCAGCGGCUACCAUGGCUCACGAGAUCGGCCACAACUUCGGCAUGAGCCACGACCACGACGGCUGCUGCGUGGAGGCCACCGCCGAGCAGGGAGGCUGCGUGAUGGCUGCUGCCACGGGGCACCCAUUCCCUCGAGUCUUUAGUCGCUGCAGUAAACGCGACCUGGACAGCUACUUCCAGAAAGGAGGGGGCAUGUGUCUUUAUAACAUGCCCAACAUGAAGGACCUGGUGGGGGGCAAGAAGUGCGGCAAUGGCUUUGUGGAGGACGGAGAAGAAUGCGACUGCGGAGAACCUGAUGAAUGCACCAAUGACUGCUGCAAUGCCAAUAAUUGUACCUUGAAGGAGGAGGCUCAGUGCGCCCAUGGAGUGUGCUGCGAGGGCUGCAAAUUGAAGCAGGCAGGUACCAUGUGCCGGGGGCCAGCGGGGGCAUGUGACCUGCCAGAGUACUGCACCGGGGCAUCUCCUUACUGUCCUGCCAAUGUCUACCUGCUGGACGGCUCCUCCUGUCAGUACGGAGUGGCCUACUGCUACAAUGGCAUGUGCCUCACCCACGAACAGCAGUGCCUGCAGCUCUGGGGCUACGGAGCUCGACCGGCCCAUGAUGCCUGCUUUGAGGAUGUCAAUGCAGCAGGGAACGCUUUUGGGAACUGCGGGAAAGAUGAACACGGCAACUACAUGAAGUGUGAGAAAAGGUAAGAGAAGGUGACACA